AGCACCAACAACUGCAGCACCUACGACUGUAGCACCUACAACAGUAGCACCAACAACAGCAGCACCCACGACUGUGGCACCUACAACCACAGCACCUGCAACUGUAGCACCAACAACCCCAGAAGCUACUACUUUAGCACCACCAACAGCAGCACCUACAAUUGUAGCACUAACAACAGCAGAAGCUACUACUUUAGCACCAACAUCUGCAGCACCAACAACAGUAGCACCAACAACAGCAGCAACUACCACUGUAGCACCAACAACCGCAGCACCUACAACUGUAGCCACCAACAACUGCAGUACCUACAACUCAGCACCUACGACUGUAGAACCAACGACCACAGCACCUAUGACAAUAUCACCAACAACAGCUGCACUUACAACUGUAGCACCAACAACUGCAGUACCUACAACUGUAGGACCAACAACCGCAGUCGCUACUACUUUAGCACCAACAACUGCAGCACCAACAACAGUUGCACCAACAACAGCAACAGCUACCACUGUAGCACCAACAACCGCAGCACCUACGACUGUAGCACCAACAACCACAGAAGCUACUACUUUUGCACCAACAACAGCUGCACUUACAACUGUAGCAGCAACAACAGCAGCUCCUACAACUGUAGCACUAACAACCGCAGAAGCUACAACUUUAGCACCAACAACUGCAGCACAAACGUCAGUAGCACCAACAACCGCAGCACCUACGACGGGAGCACCAACAACUGCAGCACCUACGACUGUAGCACCAACAACUGCACCACCUACAACAGUAGCACCAACAACAGCAGCACCCACAACUGUAGCACCAACAACCACAUCACCUACAACUGUAGCACCAACAACCCCAGAAGCUAUUACUUUAGCACCAACAACCACAGAAACUACUACUGUAGCACUAACAACUGCACCACCUACAACAGUAGCACCAACAACAGCAGCACCCACGACUGUGGCACCAACAACGACAGCACCUGGAACUACCAACAACCGCAGUAG